AUAGUAACAAAUACCCUUGCGCGCUAGUGCUGCGCAGUAGGCUGUCUCCAUAGUAAACGUUCAUUCCUGUGCUAAAAGCAUUAUUUUUACAUUUGCUUGAUCAAUUUUAUUCAAACUAUUGAGUUUGCUUUAUCAAGGCAUCGAAAUGGCAUAUGUUCGGAGCUACAAUCCGCGCGUGCGUGUGGGGAACUGGAAAGAAGACGUGACUUUAGAAGAGGAAACUUUAAAGGAGUUUAUUCUUCGAAAAGAAAGAGGCGAACUCACUGUGCAGAAAGAAGGAGUUUUGAGGCACAACAUCAUGAAACCGGUUAGCCUAUCGGUAUCUCUGGAUGGCUUUUUGAACUUUGGAGACACAGUCAUUCUGGUGAACUCUGGAGGUGGACUGCAUGACCCACGCCGGCCCUGUGUCCUCAGCAUAAUUGCCGACAGCAGUAAUAUCGGGUCGCAUUCUGGGACAAAUCCAUCUCCCAGCCUUCAAGGGCCCCUUCAAGUCGGGGGAGCCCACAGUACGGACCCCUGCCUCAGAAACGCCUUUGUCAUUGCAAGCGUUGAUGGGACCCCAGAUGGAGAGGUGGUCAGAUAUGACCAAAACUUUGCACUUAGAACUGCUUCAGGCUUUGCCGGAGAGCUGUACCUUGCCAGUGACCACAGGACUUUUCUGAAGUGCGCUAAGAAAUCUCGGCUACAGGAGCUGAGCUUGGUUGACAAAAUUGAUUUCCUUUGCUGGUGGAAAGUGAUUUAUCUGGACCCUCAAGAAAGGCUUGAAAACGAGGGCUAUCCUGUUCCGGUAAACAGGAAGGUUUUGAUUUCCCACUGUAAAACCAAUCAAUGUUUGGCUGCGCUCGGCAAUCAUAUCCUUUGGACUCCGUUUGGUAAAGAGUAUGAACUCACUGCUCACACAUUCUUGGACUCCCAUAAGGCUGAGCAGGACAAUAAUCAUUGGCUGUUUGUCACGGCUAAUCCUACCAAUCAAAAUCAAAGUCUGCUGCAACCACAACAAGAUGAUGUCAUGACAGAUGAGCUGAGACAAGAACCAGAGCCAGUGGAGGACAUACAAGUAAAUGAGCAUUUCAAAGGAGAUGUAAAACAAUAACUGGGCCGAAAAGAAAAAUACUUUAUAUAUUACAAAAUAUAAUGUUCACCGAUCUGUAUUUUACCAAGAUCAUUUUUCCAUCAGCAGUUGACUUAAUGAACAUUGCAUAUAGUAAAGCAUCAAAAACCAG